UUUAAAAUGAGACAUUGAAUGAACAUUUCUAUAUUUUUAUAUGAAGAAGAAAACACUUUCGCAAAUCCUGAAGUAUUAACCAGAUCUUCUGGAGCUUGGCUAUAAACUGAAAACGAACUUCCUUUUAUCAUGGCCCUGGAAAAUAUUUGUGGAAUGGAUAAGGUAUCGUUUAUGAGAAGCUUUGGAGCCCUCACCUCCGCACAGACAAUGAAAGAAAUCAGACUAGCCUCGAGUAACAUGGAUAAUCCCUUGGCAAUAAAUGCUCCACCAUUUGAGAGUCCCCGGGAACGACUGAAUGAACUGGCGGCCCAAAGUAAAGUAGGGAUGGAUUUUGACCACGGAACCACCACGGUGGGCUUCGUUUACAAAGGAGGCAUUAUACUGUGUGUGGAUUCGAGGGCCACGUCGGGAAAAUUUAUCGGAUCCCAGAGCAUGCAGAAAGUGGUGCAGGUGAAUAGGUAUAUGCUGAGUACAAUGGCAGGCGGAGCAGCGGAUUGCACCUAUUGGGAUCGGGUUUUGACCAGGGAGUGCAGACUUCACGAGCUGCGCUACAAGGAGCGACUCUCUGUUCGAUCUGCUGCCAGAUUUAUAUGCAAUGUGGCUGCGGAUUACAAGGGAAUGGGUCUGUGCAUGGGGAUGAUGCUGGCGGGAUGGUCUCCCGAAGGCCCCACCUUAGUUUACGUGGACUCCGACGGACUGCGCAUCCACGGAAAAGUCUUUGCCGUGGGCAGUGGGGCCUCCAAUGCCCUGGGAAUUUUGGAUACCGACUACCACUUUAAUCUCAGCGAUGAAAAGGCCUUCGAUCUGGCUUUUCGCGCAGUAUACCAUGCUACCAUGAGGGAUAUUUUCUCAGGUGGUUUGGUAAGACUUUAUCACAUGGAUAAAAGUAGCUGGAGAAAUGUGGCCAACAAAGAUUGUCAGGAGUUGCAUGAAGAGUACUCAAGGCAGUGAGUCUUCACAGAGUUUUACUUACACCGUAAAGCAUUUUAUUCAUUAUUUUAAAUUUAACAAAAUUGUAAAAAUAAAAUAAAUUUAGCUUGUUUAUUUUCUAA